GGCUAACGCGGCUUUCUCGUAAAAAUUAGAUUCUCAGUUCAGAAUAUUGAUGUCGUUGUCGGUUUUCUCGCUACGAAUCCUCGGACGAGUUGUGAGUCCUGUCCUCUGUCGGUAACUUCGCUCUCCUUCAUCUCUGAUGAUCUGCAGUGUGCUGCAUAGGGAAAAUAAUUUGUUUUGAAUGUAGUUAGAUUCCACAACUCCUUGUGAUCCAUCAUGCAUAGGGAAAUUUUCUUUGAAUGUAGUUAGAUUGCACAACUCCUUGUGAUCCAUCCGAAGCACUUUUCGUCCAUCCGAAGCUCCUUGUGAUCCAUACGAAAAAAUGAACGCUCUUUGGGAAGAAGCUGGUGAGGCGCAGAAGCUUCUGGAUGAACAGAAGCGUAAAAAACGCAGAAGAAACGAAGAGGAAGAUGAAAGAGGACAAGCACGUGGUGCGCCAGGAUUUACUAGUCCACCAAGAUGGAGCUUCUUGUGGGCAUCUGAAGUUGCGAAAUACUAUAGACGAAAGGUGGCAGAAAGUGAAUUUGGAGAACAUCCUCAGAGGGAAGAAAAUGUCGGUUCUUGUGGAGAAGAUCCCGGUCACCAAGAUGUUCUUGAACAUGAUGAUUAUACUAGCCUUAAGCUUGAAGGAGUAGAACAAGAUGAAGAGAUAGAGUCCAGCACUUCUUCACAGUCACAGGACUCAGAGGACUCAGCAUCCUCUUCCAGUCAAAGCCAAUCUUUUCUGCAAUGGUUAGUGCAUUCUUCUAGUACAGGUGGUUUCGUUCAGUUUCAGGAUGACACUUCUGUAGAAAAGUCCUCGUCGGAGCUGCAAACACGAUCCUCGAACUCGAUAGCAACCGAGGAGUGCAGGACGAGAGGUGGUGCGCGUGGAACAAGUCCUGUAGAAGAAGUUCUCAUUGUUCGGGAGAAGAUACCAGUAAAGUCAACGACUUUUCUUGCCGUUCUACUCCAGGUUCUCUUCUUGCUUUUUUCGAGCUGCUUACACCUAGGUGUAAUAAGACAUGAGCAUGUAGUAGAAGAUCUACGUCUACCCUCUACUUCUACAAUGAAGCAGAUGGCGAUCUACAAUGAGAGCAUGAGAGAGGAAGGCGUCACUUUGCACGAGAAUAGCGGCUAUCUCCAUCUUGUGCGUCUUGCAGCACAAGAAGACCAGCUGAAAUCUUCAACGACGACUACUUCCACAACGAGUACGACAACAAGCACGAGAAGCACAUGGGAAGUCGAAGGUGAUCAUACUGCUGAAGAAACAGGUGAACGACCCACUCCUAGGAACAAUGCAAGUCAAGAACGAGCCACUGAGAUGAACGCUGUCGCUGAGACCAAUGUCGACAUCCUUCGGUCAUGGGGCCGUUGGUACAUAUCCUUGCGGAGCUCUACUUCUUGGUAACUUUAUUUUUACUCUAAAAAUGUCAUAGUUCUACUUCCACCACUUUCAUAUUCUUUGAUGAAUAGUGUAAUACCAGUUGUCCACCUUAAAGGAGGACGACGACGAGACGAACUUUAUUUCUAAUGGAGGAUGGAUCUCGAUCUACUUCAGCUCGUUCUUGUAAAUUUGCUCUCGCAGCAUCAUGUUGUCAUGAAUAUUAUAGGAUGUCGAUAUCUAACUUCUUGACAAGUAGUUAAAGUUAAGUCAGAUCAUGUAAUAGGACCUACACAAGGAAGUAGGAUUUUUGUAUUGCCGAUAGCAGAACGGGUACAACGGGUCAUAUUAUCAGUCUUCUUGUCUGCAUUAUGCAACAAACAAGAAAAAAGAUUUUUCUAGAAGCCGUAUUUGUAGCUGAGCUCCUUGUUAGGUUCGCCAUUUGUGAAGAUAGAAGUUCUAGUUGAAGAUCUUGAUGUUGAUGAUUUCUUCUAAGCGAUCUCCUAGACUCUCAGUGUGGAACUCUGCUUUGUAGACUACAUGAAUGAUCUUUUGAACAGGAUGAAAGCGAAGUUUUGAACAGGAGCCAGGUUAGCUGGAGCAGAUACUAGAGCGGAUGGAGUCCGCCUGUGUAGUUUCGUGAUACUAUUGCGUAAGAAAGAACUCUCCGGUUUUGGAGGAGGAAAGGGUGGGUGUUCUCGUAGUCGCAUUGUUACUUGUACUGUAUCGCUGCACGACAUCAACAACAUCAUUGUGUAAACC